GCGGUUGGUCGCCAGUAGUAAUCAAGACGUUGUUGAGACAGGUUGUGCCGGUGAAGUCCGCGUGAUUUUUUUACACUUUCGUGUUUCCAUUCCAAUAAAAAAGCUACGUCAACAUGAAGGUUUUCUUCUUUGCUACUCUACUAGCCGUUGUGGGCUCAAGCUACGCCAUUCAGUGCUUUGAGUGCAACAGCGCCAGGGACAGCGCCUGCAGCGACCCCUUCAGCGCGGAGUCUCCCGCCCUCUCUGAAGCUUUCGUUGUGGCCUGCGCACCCAACGCAACCUACAAAGCAUUCUGCAGGAAGACCAAGAUGUCAUUAUUCCUAAAUGGCGAAGUACGCAUCCAGCGAGACUGUGGUUACAUGCGACGUGAAAACUACACCUGCUACCAGCAGCGCUCCGAGGAUCACUUCUUUGACGUGUGUCAGUGCGACACUGACAACUGCAACACUGCUACGUCCUUCCAGGCCCCCAUCGUCGCCGCCUUCGUCAGCACCAUCGCCGCUGUGUUCUUUACUCGCGCUUAGGAUAUGAAGACUACGACGAGACGUGCAACAUGUUGCUUCUAAUGCUGAACGUGCAACCACGUCAAUGUUAAUUUGUCUGAAAUAAUGAUGAAAAUGAGAGUAGUAGUGCCUGAUGUGUGGGAUUUUCUGAAGUUUGAUGUCAGCUGUGUUCGGUUUGAUGUAAUUGUCAUGGUAUUCAACCAGUUAAGGUAUGUAAUUGCCUAAUUGGCUAGUUGUCCCGGCUGCAGUUAGUGGCACAACAUAGAAUAACCUGUGAAUGAUAAAUUCAGGGGAAAUUAUUCAACUGGAGGUACAAUGUGGAUUUGUUGUUCGUGCGAAUGAGUGUUAGUGUACACCAUUAGACGUGGAGUUUAUUUUAUAUGUUAAUUCAUUUACUUGACGUUUGCGUAGCCGCGAUUUGGUUAAUUCGCGCUGUAGUUAAUGCUAAAACAAACCUCUUUCCGUUAUGCCUCGAUGAUGGACGCUUGUUCUGUUGGUUUAGACCUGACCAAUGCGGAUACUGGAACUUUCCUUUGUACAAUUGACUUACAAAAUUUGAAUUAAUAUGAUCCGAGUUGACACCUCCAAAAAUAGCGAGAGUUUUUUUCGACGUGUUAGACACUACCUAAUAGUAUAUAUUCUGAGGGAAACUGUGACAUUAAAAUGGUUGGUUAGUUAUAGUUUGAGCCAUGCUACUAAAAUAUAUUCUUAAUAAAUUAAUUUUAUAAAAUUCUUCUACCUUUUUUCGAACGAUCACUUAUUUCAACCAAAUAUAAUAUCGUCAUAAAAUAUUGCGUACGAUGACUUUUACGUUACUUGAACCUCGAUCUUCGUUAUUUCCUUGUAUAUUCGUCGCGAAUUAUGUCAUGAUAGUAAAUGAAAUACAAAUGUAUAAAUAAAUUAUGGCAGAUUUAACAUUGCUUUGAGACAGUAAUGGCACGUUGGAAGCUGCUAUUCACAUCCGCCCGAAGAGCGCGGAUGAUUGUUAAUAUAUAACUUUUAAUGGAGGACUCCAUCUUGUUUUUUAUUGAUGGAUAAAUGAUGUUAAAUCCAGUAGACCGGUCGUACUUGUGGCGAUUGUGAAAUUGAUGGUACGUGUGAAUUUUGAAUGCAUGACUAAUAAAAAAUGUGGAAUUCAUGGUGAAGACUUGAAAUUAUUAGUCAAUAUUAAAUAAUUUGGUGUUCUGUUAAUUUCGAGAUAUGUUAUUCACGAAAUUAAUGAAUUCGUACCUCGUGAAAUUCCGAAUUACGCGCGUCGUGAUAUUUCAGAAUACUCAGUCCUUAAAAUUCCGCAGCGCGGAAUCCUUCCAUCUUAGAAUAUCGCUUUUCAAAAAAAUUUUCGAAUCUUGUUUCUUGGAAUCUGGGAACGCGUUUUUGUUGGUGUCUGCUCGUGCGACUCGUAAAUUUUAGUUUAGAUAGCAUCUUUCAUUGCACUGAAUGUAUUAGAUAAAGCGCUGAAGUCUGUACAAAUUUUGGAAAUUCUAAUCUUACAUAAUGGAUCAUUGGAUAACUAAAUAAAAUAAUGGGCGGAAGUUAAUUGGGUUUGAUUACUUUUACUAAUUGUUAACUAAUUUGAACGAAUAAAUGCAAGGAAGAACUGAAUAUUUAAGAGAAAAUUGUUGAAAAUUUAUUUAGAACUUGAUGUACAUUUCAAAUAAUUCAGAUUUGUGUGGAUCAAUACUCCAAUAACGUUUGAAUAGAAGGUUCGCUUUCCAUACCUUUUCUAUACAGUCUAAUAAAUACGAGCACUUCAACAUCA